CCUAUCCCGGUUGCCCUCUCACGCGUGCGCAAAGGGAUCCUAUUGAGGUCUGUCCAUAACCAACAAAUCAAACGUCUAUGGCAGACUAAAAACAAAAGACUGUAAAUAUUGUCUUAGUGUGCUAUCGUUGAAGAUGAGCACGGAGAGGGAGGCUGAGGCGCCCGAGGAGAUCCUCGAAUCUAUCGACGAACUGAAGGAGCGUUUGUCUUCAAUGAAGCGCAUGAUGGAGGAGAGGAAAGCGGCCGGGGCAGGUACUAAGGACCUGUUCCAAGGCCAAGCCAAGAGCCUUCAAGGCACCACUAUGAUCGACGGAAACUUCCUCAGCUUCGUUUUUGGGGGCUCUCUGAUUGUCAUUAUCAGCGUUUCGGUCUACGCAUUCUACAACCUCUAUCACGCUGUCCUUAAGAAGUUUCCUUCUUCUCAUACUGAAUUGUAAACGUUAUAAGAAGUAUAUACUCGUAUUUAUUUAUAAUCAAUAAUGUACACUCCGGGACUUACGUAUAGCGAUUAGGAAGUAUGAAUAUGCCAAAUGAUAACGGCUCGACUAUUUUACUUAUACUGUAUGAGUAUGACUGAUGUAAAACGGAAGGAUUGUGUAAUCGUAACGUAAAUAAGGUCCGAAUUAAAUUUAAAGGGAAUAUGUCCCAUUUCUUUAAUCUUAAAUAAACGCUC